UCAUGGAGGGGAAGAAAGCGCAGGGGCGCUGCAGAAUAUCUAUGUGUGCGAUCGCCUGGCCCAAGACCUCCUCAAUCAUCCGCAGACGCCGGAGUUGUGCACCUGGGCGGACAAGAAGAAGUCGUCGGCUGCCCUCUACUGCCUCAGCAAUCACAAAUUGGGCAGGCAGGACGAGAUGCUGGGAUGGGGAAUCUGGGAAGCAAUGUGUGGAUGCGAUGCCAUAACUCGCAAGGCUCCACACUUUGUUCGCGCUCUUGGAUUCAGAGAAGAAGAGGAGCUGGGCGAGGAGGAGCUGCUGGACGCGAUGGUGGUGUUCAUGCACGCGUCUUGCCUCGCCACAUUUUCCGGACGGGCCGUGGUUUAGCACCAGCGUUGUGUUUGUGACGGGGAGCCAGCGCUUCUACCAGGCUUUGCCACGGGACGAGAACUCGCCUGCUCAUCACUUACGAGCUCCAAGUCUGUGCUUCGCCUUACAGGGCAAACUAUCGGGUCUGGCCCGUUCUUCCUGACCACACCGAGCCCGUGGAGCAGUGUAUCAUGCCCGGUGCCAGGCGAAGCAAGAAGAUCCCAGAGUUUGGAACUCCCUUUCGUGUUCCCUGUCCGACUAUACGCGAAAUCUACAAUGGUGAAUGCUGUCGAUUGCCAGGGCUUCAUGAGCUGCUGGAUGUUUACGGCCAGGCCAAGCUUGAUCUUCCUGCAGAAGCUGCCUUGGAUAGAGAAUACCCGGCAUACGUCGCCAAGCUCGAGCAAAGUUCUUCCUGUGAUCAGCGACUGUUGUCGAGGUUGCAGAAGUUGCCGAAUAAGCAUCCGGGCUGCGCUAAGGUUGAAGCACCACACGUCUUUCGAGCGGACAAGGUAUGGAGGGAUUGAGCUAGAGAAAGUUCUCUUCCUCUUCUCUCUGAAAGUUCCAGCGUCAGGUUUUUGAUUCCAUCCCGGAUCAAAAUCUUCUCUGGCUAUGGGCGUCUGGAUCAAGCACUCGAGGUCUUCCACCACAUCCCGCGCAAGUCUCCAUGACUCAUAGUUUUGUGGCGGUAGCAAUUGGGAUGAGAGUUGCUAGUUUAAAUUAUUUAGUUUGCCAUUAUAUAAACAUAAACUUUCAAGCAA